GGGGUCUCGGACCAACCAGGCCAUUCAGUAUCCUGAGUGUGAGUGACAGGACGGGCAGCCAAUCAGCGCGCGCCGUGCCACCCGGAUCACUUUCUCGGCCGCCAAUCAGGGCGCAGCGGGGGCGGGGCCGACUCGAGCCGAGCACGGUGAGCAGCCGAGGGGCCAGCGAGACUAUCCGCCGGGUUUUACCGCACAUGGCUCCCCGAUAACGGAUGGCACCCCAGAAACAGGGCGGCUCGGCUCCAAGCACCGUGUGCCUCCCCCAGCCCGUCCGGAAACCCAAAAUGGAGCAAAUCCAGGCGGACCACGAGCUUUUCCUGCAGGCCUUCGAGAGUGAGUGACCAAAUAUAUAAUAUAAUAAUAUAUAUUACCUCAUAAAUCCUAUAAUAUACCGUGUAAUAUAAUAUAUACAGUCUGUAAUAUAUAUAUAUAUAUAGUAUCCUGGGGGACCACGAGCUCUCCCUGCAGGCCUUCGAGAGUGAGUGACCGAAUAUAUAAUCUAAUAAUAUAUAUUACCUCAUAAAUCCUAUAAUAUACCAUGUAAUAUAAUAUAUACAGUCUGUAAUAUAAUAUAUAUAGUAUCCAGGGGAAACACGAGCUCUCCCUGCAGGACUUCGAGAGUGAGUGACCGAAUAUAUAAUCUAAUAAUAUAUAUUACCUCAUAAAUCCUAUAAUAUACUGUGUAAUAUAAUAUAUACAGUCUGUAAUAUAAUAUAUAUAGUAUCCAGGGGGACCACGAGCUCUUCCUGCAGGCCUUCGAGAGUGAGUGACCAAAUAUAUAAUAUAAUAAUAUAUAUUACCUCAUAAAUCCUAUAAUAUACUGUGUAAUAUAAUAUAUACAGUCUGUAAUAUAAUAUAUAUAGUAUCCAGGAGGACCACGAGCUCUUCCUGCAGGCCUUCGAGAGUGAGUGACCGAAUAUAUAAUAUAAUAAUAUAUAUUACCUCAUAAAUCCUAUAAUAUACCGUGUAAUAUAAUAUAUACAGUCUGUAAUAUAAUAUAUAUAGUAUCCAGGGGAAACACGAGCUCUUCCUUCAGGCCUUCGAGAGUGAGUGACCGAAUAUAUAAUCUAAUAAUAUAUAUUACCUCAUAAAUCCUAUAAUAUACCGUGUAACAUAAUAGAUACAGUCUGUAAUAUAAUAUAUAUAGUAUCCAGGGGAAACACGAGCUCUCCCUGCAGGCCUUCGAGAGUGAGUGACCGAAUAUAUAAUCUAAUAAUAUAUAUUACCUCAUAAAUCCUAUAAUAUACAGUGUAAUAUAAUAUAUACAGUCUGUAAUAUAAUAUAUAUAGUAUCCAGGGGGAACACGAGCUCUCCCUGCAGGCCUUCGAGAGUGAGUGACCGAAUAUAUAAUAUAAUAUAUAUUACCUCAUAAAUCCUAUAAUAUACCGUGUAAUAUAAUAUAUACAGUCUGUAAUAUAAUAUAUAUAGUAUCCAGGGGGACCACGAGCUCUUCCUGCAGGCCUUCGAGAGUGAGUGACCGAAUAUAUAAUCUAAUAAUAUAUAUUACCUCAUAAAUCCUAUAAUAUACCAUGUAAUAUAAUAUAUACAGUCUGUAAUAUAAUAUAUAUAGUAUCCAGGGGAAACACGAGCUCUCCCUGCAGGACUUCGAGAGUGAGUGACCGAAUAUAUAAUCUAAUAAUAUAUAUUACCUCAUAAAUCCUAUAAUAUACUGUGUAAUAUAAUAUAUACAGUCUGUAAUAUAAUAUAUAUAGUAUCCAGGGGAACACGAGCUCUUCCUGCAGGCCUUCGAGAGUGAGUGACCGAAUAUAUAAUCUAAUAAUAUAUAUUACCUCAUAAAUCCUAUAAUAUACCAUGUAAUAUAAUAUAUACAGUCUGUAAUAUAAUAUAUAUAGUAUCCAGGGGAAACACGAGCUCUCCCUGCAGGCCUUCGAGAGUGAGUGACCGAAUAUAUAAUCUAAUAAUAUAUAUUACCUCAUAAAUCCUAUAAUAUACAGUGUAAUAUAAUAUAUACAGUCUGUAAUAUAAUAUAUAUAGUAUCCAGGGGGAACACGAGCUCUCCCUGCAGGCCUUCGAGAGUGAGUGACCGAAUAUAUAAUCUAAUAAUAUAUAUUACCUCAUAAAUCCUAUAAUAUACCGUGUAAUAUAAUAUAUACAGUCUGUAAUAUAAUAUAUAUAGUAUCCAGGGGGACCACGAGCUCUCCCUGCAGGCCUUCGAGAGUGAGUGACCGAAUAUAUAAUCUAAUAAUAUAUAUUACCUCAUAAAUCCUAUAAUAUACCAUGUAAUAUAAUAUAUACAGUCUGUAAUAUAAUAUAUAUAGUAUCCAGGGGAAACACGAGCUCUCCCUGCAGGACUUCGAGAGUGAGUGACCGAAUAUAUAAUCUAAUAAUAUAUAUUACCUCAUAAAUCCUAUAAUAUACUGUGUAAUAUAAUAUAUACAGUCUGUAAUAUAAUAUAUAUAGUAUCCAGGGGGACCACGAGCUCUCCCUGCAGGCCUUCGAGAGUGAGUGACCGAAUAUAUAAUCUAAUAAUAUAUAUUACCUCAUAAAUCCUAUAAUAUACCGUGUAAUAUAAUAUAUACAGUCUGUAAUAUAAUAUAUAUAGUAUCCAGGAGGACCACGAGCUCUUCCUGCAGGCCUUCGAGAGUGAGUGACCGAAUAUAUAAUCUAAUAAUAUAUAUUACCUCAUAAAUCCUAUAAUAUACCGUGUAAUAUAAUAUAUACAGUCUGUAAUAUAAUAUAUAUAGUAUCCAGGCGGACCACGAGCUCUUCCUGCAGGCCUUCGAGAGUGAGUGACCGAAUAUAUAAUCUAAUAAUAUAUAUUACCUCAUAAAUCCUAUAAUAUACCGUGUAACAUAAUAUAUACAGUCUGUAAUAUAAUAUAUAUAGUAUCCAGGGGGAACACGAGCUCUUCCUGCAGGCCUUCGAGAGUGAGUGACAAAAAUAUAUAAUAUAAUAAUGAUAUAUUACCUCAUAAAUCCUAUAAUACACCGUGUAAUAUAAUAUAUACAGUCUGUAAUAUAAUAUAUAUAGUAUCCAGGGGGACCACGAGCUCUCCCUGCAGGCCUUCGAGAGUGAGUGACCAAAUAUAUAAUAUAAUAAUAUAUAUUACCUCAUAAAUCCUAUAAUACACCGUGUAAUAUAAUAUAUACUGUCUGUAAUAUAAUAUAUAUAGUAUCCAGGGGGACCACGAGCUCUUCCUGCAGGCCUUCGAGAGUGAGUGACCGAAUAUAUAAUCUAAUAAUAUAUAUUACCUCAUAAAUCCUAUAAUAUACCAUGUAAUAUAAUAUAUACAGUCUGUGAUAUAAUAUAUAUAGUAUCCAGGGGGACCACGAGCUCUUCCUGCAGGCCUUCGAGAGUGAGUGACCGAAUAUAUAAUCUAAUAAUAUAUAUUACCUCAUAAAUCCUAUAAUAUACCGUGUAAUAUAAUAUAUACAGUCUGUAAUAUAAUAUAUAUAGUAUCCAGGGGGACCGCAAGCUCUUCCUGCAGGACUUCGAGAGUGAGUGACCGAAUAUAUAAUCUAAUAAUAUAUAUUACCUCAUAAAUCCUAUAAUAUACCAUGUAAUAUAAUAUAUACAGUCUGUAAUAUAAUAUAGUAUCCAGGGGGACCACGAGCUCUCCCUGCAGGCCUUCGAGAGUGAGUGACCAAAUAUAUAAUAUAAUAAUAUAUAUUACCUCAUAAAUCCUAUAAUAUACCGUGUAAUAUAAUAUAUACAGUCUGUAAUAUAAUAUAGUAUCCUGGGGGACCACGAGCUCUCCCUGCAGGCCUUCGAGAGUGAGUGACCGAAUAUAUAAUAUAAUAAUAUAUAUUACCUCAUAAAUCCUAUAAUAUACCGUGUAAUAUAAUAUAUACCGUCUGUAAUAUAAUAUAUAUAUAGUAUCCAGGGGGACCACGAGCUCUUCCUGCAGGCCUUCGAGAGUGAGUGACUAAAAUAUAUAUAAUAUAAUAAUAUAUAUUACCUCAUAAAUCCUAUAAUAUACCGUGUAAUAUAAUAUAUACAGUCUGUAAUAUAAUAUAUAUAGUAUCCAGGGGGACCGCAAGCUCUUCCUGCAGGCCUUCGAGAGUGAGUUACCAAAUAUAUAAUCUAAUAAUAUAUAUUACCUCAUAAAUCAUAUAAUAUACCAUGUAAUAUAAUAUAUACAGUCUGUAAUAUAAUAUAGUAUCCUGGGGGACCACGAGCUCUCCCUGCAGGCCUUCGAGAGUGAGUGACCGAAUAUAUAAUCUAAUAAUAUAUAUUACCUCAUAAAUCCUAUAAUAUACCGUGUAAUAUAAUAUGUACAGUCUGUGAUAUAAUAUAUAUAUAUAUAUAUAUAUAUAUAUAUAUAUAUAUAUAUAUAUAUAUAUAUAUAUAUAUAUAUAUAUAUAUAUAUAUAGUAUCCAGGGGGAACACGAGCUCUUCCUGCAGGCCUUCGAGAGUGAGUUACCGAAUAUAUAAUAUAAUAAUAUAUAUUACCUCAUAAAUCCUAUAAUAUACCGUGUAAUAUAAUAUAUAUAGUCUGUAUGUUAAUAUAUAUAGUAUCCUGGGGGACCACGAGCUCUCCCUGCAGGCCUUCGAGAGUGAGUGACAAAAAUAUAUAAUAUAUAUUACCUCAUAAAUCCUAUAAUAUACCGUGUAAUAUAAUAUAUAUAGUAUCCAGGGGGACCACGAGCUCUUCCUGCAGGCCUUCGAGAGUGAGUGACCGAAUAUAUAAUAUAAUAAUAUAUAUUACCUCAUAAAUCAUAUAAUAUACCGUGUAAUUUAAUAUAUAUAGUCUGUGAUAUCAUCCAGGGCGACCACAGGCUAUUCCUGCAGGCCUUUGAGAAUGAUUGCCCUAAACGUCAUAUAAAUAAUGUAUAAGUAAUGUAUACAGUUUGUAAUAUAGUAUCCAGGGGGCCCAUGAGCUCUUCUUGCAGGCCUUCUACAGUAAAUUCCCAAAAUAUCAUGUAAUAUGUAACUAAUAGAAUAUUUAAUAUAUUUAUAUAUAUCUGUAAUAUCCAGGUGGACCCAUAAGAUCUACCAGCAGGCCUUCCAGAGUAAGUGCCCUUCAUAAAAUGUAAUAUAUAAUAUAAUAUCCAGGCGGUCUACAAGCUCUGCCUGCCAGCCCUUAACAGUGAGUCCACUGUAGAGCCCAAAAUGUUAUUUAAAAUAUAAAAUUAUAUACAUUCUGUAGUAUAUAAUACAACAGUACUCAAUUUCCUUAUGCCACUGGCCAUUGACAAGUAAACAUUUAGCGCAGGGAGUAGAAAUUCACCUCUGGUGUGUAUGCCAUGGUUUGGAGGGGCAAUUAACUUGUAAGGUUUGGCUAGUAGCAUAGGACUUCAAAGUUUAAGGCAUGCAAUACAAUAUACUGGUGAUUCGUGAGCUUUGGGAGUAUAUCCUUAGAAAUGCAUAAACCCCACAGUAUCCUUACUAACAGUGUAAUAGAAAUGCUUCAAUAGCCACUGGAAUUCUAAUUCCCACAUUAAAUAUAUCUAAACAUGUCCUGUGAAAUAAAACAAUUGGUCCCACAAUGUGCACUGUAGCAACAUGUAAUUUAGACUUAAUGACUGGAAUCACACAGUGUAACUGUUCCUACAGUGCCUGUAAUAUCAAAUGCAAUAACAUAGAUACCACAAUGUCUGUGGCAUAAUGUAAUCUAGAUCCCACAUUGUGCCGUAUUAAAACAUAAUUUAGAUCACACAACGACUUGUGUAAAACCAGUAAAUCACACAUUUUUUCAAUACUAUUUAGUAUAAACCUAUAUAUCACUUCAUAUAUGUUCUGAUAUAUGUAUCAUAAUUAGUGAUGUCCCGAACGGUUCGCCACAAACGGUUCGCCGCGGACUCAUCAUUGAGUAAACUUUGACCCUGUACCUCACAGUCAGCAGACACAUUCCAGCCACUUAGCAUGCAGCUUCAAAAUGGAUGCUGUCUGGGAGGGAGGGUCUGCUGCUGAUUGGCUGGAAUGUGUCUGCUGUUUGUGAGGUACAGGGUCAAAGUUUACUCAAUGAUGAGUUUGCAGCGAACCGUUCGGGACAUCACUAAUCAUAAUUAAUUCAAGCUUUCAGCACUUGUUAUGCAUAAUAAUACAAUGUAAUAUAUAAACAACUCUAGUAUCUGCAACAUUUGUUUUCCGUAAACCACUGAUAUCCACAGAAGUAAUUUAACUCCUUAAGGACCAAACUUCUGGAAUAAAAGUCCUUUGCUGCAGAGGGAUUUAGAUAGACUGGGGGACUGGGCACUCAAAUGGCAGAUGAAAUUUAAUGUUGAAAAAUGCAAAGUUAUGCACUUCGGCGUAAAGAAUACACAAGCAACGUAUACCCUUAAUGGAAGCGAAUUAGGGAUAACAACACAUGAAAAGGACUUGGGAAUUGUUAUAGACAACAAACUAUGCAACAAUGUGCAAUGUCAAUCAGCAGUGGCCAAGGCCAGUAAGGUAUUGUCAUGCAUGAAAAAGGGCAUUCAUUCUCGGGACAAGAAUAUAAUUUUGCCUCUUUAUAAAUCACUGGUAAGACCCCAUAUUGAAUAUGCUGUGCAAUUUUGGGCACCUGUUCUAAAGAAGGAUAUUAUGGCACUAGAAAAAGUGCAGAGGCGGGCUACAAAAUUAAUAAAAGGAAUGGAACAUAUCGGCUAUGAAGAAAGGUUAACAAAUUUAAACCUAUUUAGUUUAGAAAAACGUCGCCUGAGAGGGGAUAUGAUAACAUUAUACAAAUAUAUUCGGGGCCAAUACAAACCAUUGUGUGGAAAUCUAUUCACAAACCGGACUUUACAUAGGACACGAGGCCAUGCGUUUAGACUGGAAGAAAGAAGAUUUCGUCUAAGGCAAAGGAAAGGUUUUUUUACUGUAAGAACAAUCAGGAUGUGGAAUUCUCUGCCUGAAGAAGUGGUUUUAUCAGAGUCCAUACAGAUGUUCAAACGGCUACUAGAUGCAUACUUGCAAGAACAGAAUAUUCAAGGAUAUAAUCUUUCAAUGUAGGGUAAUAACUGCUUGAUCCAAGGAUAAAUCUGACUGCCAUUCUGGGGUCAAGAAGGAAUUUUUUUCCUAGCUUGUUGCAAAAUUGUGCUUCAAACUGGGUUUUUUUGCCUUCUUUUGGAUCAACAGCAAAAAACAAAUGUGAGGAAGGCUGAACUUGAUGGACGCAAGUCUCUUUUCAGCUAUGUAACUAUGACAUGUCACACAUGUCGUGUCCUUAAGGGGUUAAUCUCGAUCAUGAAUUCUGGGAUACCCAGUUUAAUAUAAUACACUGCUUUAUACAGGGUAACAUAACAUGGCAUUUUGUUGUCCAUUGCUGUAAUGUAAUCUAAUAAGCAUUUUAAAAGGUGUAAGUGUAAUCUGUGUGUAAAUUCUGGAAUAUUGUUAGACUUUGUUGCAUUGUAGAAAAAGGGACUCUAGACAUGUACAAAAAUGUGUGGUUUAAAAAAAAAAAAAAGUUUUAUUGAAUAAAAAAAUGGCGUUCAGGAAAAAAAAAAAGGCAAAAACCCACGUGCAUUCACGAAAUAAGUGAUGUCAUUAGCAGGUGAAAGACAAAGGUAGGAGGAAAGACUUACAAUUUUUCCUUCCUCCUAAAUUUUUUUUUUUUUUUUACUACUUCUUGAAAAUGUCUCUGAAAGCCAUUUCCAGCAUUGUCAUCAGUUUGCAGAUCAGGGAAAAUGUCCAGUUUUACUUAUUAAGAGCACAUGUAGAGAAAUUCUAGAUUAUAUGUAAAUGUCUAUCUACCUUACCCCCAGAUCGUCUUCAGUUUUAUAUCUGACUGAGCUACCAGUAGUUAAUAUCCUUUGGAUUUUUUGGUCAGUGACCAUGAUUUGCUCAGAUACAUUGUAUUAGAAAGCAGAUGUUUAGUUUUUUGGUAUGUGUCUGGGUGUAGUCUCCUAUUCUUGUAUCAAUACUACUGAUCUCACCUUUGUAUUCUUGCAAUUAUGUAGAAUAUAGAAUGUUCCUCUGUAAAAGUUUGUGAAAUGGCUAAAAUUGGCACUGUAGAUUUAAAUAGGUGUGUGACAAAUGUUAAAACAGGUUACCAGAGGCAGUGUGAUUUAGCCCUCCAGCUUGUUUUUUAAUUUCAAAAAUUAUGGUCGCUUUAUAGUAUAGUAGAGUAUAAGUUUUAAACAGAAGGAUGUUUGCGUGGGAAAGCAAAAAACACAACAAAACUGUAAUGCAGCUAAUUACAGCCAUCAGUCUGUUUGAAACUAUAUUGGACCCUCGAAGGGUGGAAUUUUUCUCAAUUUCUCUAAUUUUGCCAAAUAUAUUUACAAAGAAAUUUACAAAAAAAAUUUUAUUUACCCUCCCUGCCCUAGAACCUCCUCAUGUAUACAAAUAUUUUGCUCUGUUUACAGAAGAUUUGCAUGUGUUUUGUUUAGACUUUUUGUGAAAAAAAAAUUUGUGGAAAAUCCUGACCUUUUUUGUAUUUCACGUAACCCCUUAAGACUGCAGGGCGUUCUAUGCCGUCCUUAUUUAGAUGGCUCUAAACGCCGCAGGGCGACAUAGAACGCCCUGCAAUCUUUUGUACUUACCUGGUCGCCGGCGAUCCCACGCCGGCAAUCCCGGUAUAGGGACUUACCUGGGAGCCCAGGGAGUCUCCCUCCGUCCUCUUAAAAGAUGUUAAAACAGUGUAAAAUUAAAUAAUAUAUACUUAGAUCAUAUAUUUAUUAUAUAUAUAUAUAUAUAUAUAUAUAUAUAUAUAUAUAUAUAUAUAUAUAUAUACACAUACACUGUCUACGUGUAUUGUAAUAUUAAUAUAUAUAUAUUAAAAUACACGUGCAAUGAUAUUGAUUAAAUAUAUAUAAUUUUCUAUAUAUAUAUAUAUCUAUAUAUAUAUCUAUAUAUAGAUAUAUAUAUCUAUAUAUAAAAAUACGUUAAAAAAAUAAUAAAAAAUAAAUAGAUAAAAAAAAUAUAUAUACAUGCAUAAUUUCGUUCUAACUGUAUUUUAAAAUUAAUAUAUAUAUUAAUAUCAAAAUACAUGUCGAAUGAAAUAAUAUAUAUCUAUAUACAUAAAUAUACAUAUAUUUUCUACGUAUAUAUUUAUGUAAUAAUUUUAUAUAAUUAGGUCAUUUUAUUAAUUACAAUUUGCAGGAUCUGCCUGAUAACCCAGGCCGAAAGUUCAGGAAAUUUAAUUUUGUAGCACUAUAACUUUCCAAGACACCAUAACCCUGUAACUUUCCAAGACACCAUAAAACCUGUACAUGGGGGGUACUGUUUUACUCAGAAGACUUCGCUGAACACAAAUAUUAGUGUUUCAAAACAGUAAAAUGUAUUACAACGACGAUAUCGUCAGUGACAUUUUUUGCAUUUUUCACACACAGAAAACACAAUGUUGCAAUCGGUUAACAAGCGCCACACGCCUCUAAGUGUGUGGGCUAUUAUGUGUAGUGUUUUCGGUUCAUGAACGGCCUGACAAAGUGCGGAACGGAAAACCUCAUACAAAUAGCUAUCUGCAUUCGUUGGAUAGCAAAUACAGGAAAUACACGGUUAUUUCAGCCCGCAUACAUUGUGCAUAGAUGAACACAUAUCCCCACCGACAUAUAGGCAACCCUUAAAGGUAUAGUCUCUUGAUAUAGUCCAAGUGGCUAGGUGUGCCUCAACCAGCUUGUAUGAAUAACACUGCACUGACAAAAAUAGAGUGUAAAAAGAAAUCCUUUCUCCUGUGGCCAAUAAUGUGAGCUGAGCAUCUGCCUGAAUGCUUCCACUCUCUAUCACGGAGUGGAUAUGAAAUGGCUGACAGCAGGCAUGCAUAACGUCAGUCUUGCGAUAUCUUAAUAAGAUCGCGGUAGCGCGAUCUCUGCUGUUUCCAACCUAAUUGAAUGUGGCAAUUCAUGGCGGAACACCAAUUUUGUUCUCUUGGAACACCAAUUGGGAAACGCUAGUUUAAUGUAAACUUUUUUUCUUUUCUUUUUUUAAUUUGUUUUAAAGAACCCCCAGAUUCCUUGGUCAGAUUUAUAGUACUCCUCCAGUUUUACAAGGUGUUUAUUAGGUUUACCCAGAUUUUUUAUUCAAAUGCAACCCAUUUCAGAUUUUGUUAAUUUUACAGAAAGCUCCCUUGCAGUACAAUUAAAUUGAGUAAUAGUAACAUCCCUGGAUGUUGGGGGGAGGUAGGGGGGCGAGAAGUAACAUCCCCAGGACAUACUUGGAAACCAGAGAAUAUCUGAAUGUACCUUUCUUGGUUAAACAUUUUGUUACUAUUAUUUACAGAAAUCAUCACAGAUUUACAGGGCAGCUCCAUUUUGGGCAUUUAUUAAUGUAUUCAAAUUUUCAUUUUUAUGUUAGAAAGUUUUAUUACCUGCAAAACAAGGAGCUUGAAAGGAAGAGUAGAGUCAAGCACCUCUAGAAUCAUGGUGUGGAUUCGCAUCCAAUAUGGACAGUUUUACUGCAAGUCCACCAUAUGUGUAUGGUUGAACCUCCCUCAACCCUAACUUUUGGCGCUGAGUGAGCACUGAUGCGCAAGAAUAUGUAUAUAUGUGGUGAGGGUUAUUCUAAUAUACUAUAAUGCUAAUAAUUUAAAAACAACUCUGAUUUCAAAUUAGAUUCUUAGUAGAUAUACAGAAUGUCUUUAAAUUUUUUUUUUUUUUUACUGAUAGUUCUUUUAGAUUUUUUUUUUUAUCAAAAAAACAAAAAACAAAAAAAAACUAAAUAUGUUUCAGCUUUACAGAGGUCCCAAUUAACAUCAGGUCUGAUAUACACAAGUGACAGCCUGGGGAAAACAAGUUAUGAGAGAUUGGAGAUGAGGAAGGGGCAAAUAGAUUUGCUGAUUUUAUAUAUCUAUCUUACUGCUUUACUCAGCCAUCUGGGUGGCAUAUAUGUGUGUGUUAAACAAUGUUAAACAAAAAUUUGUACACCAGUCAAGCCAUAAGACUUGCUUUUCAAACAGAAAUAACAAAUUUGCAGUGAGGUUACUAACCCCUCUCUGAACUCUGGGUGGGCAUAUGCAAAUUAGUUUAACAAAGAAUCACAUUUUUGCCUCAUUCCAAUUUAAACAUGGAUUCUCUUGAGUCUGUGUUUGCAACACAAUUUGUGAAAAGAUGCAAAGCCAGUGAAUAACUCAUGGACAGCUGUUUCAUUUUGUGUGUGUAUAUUUUUUUAAAAUAAAUAAAAUGUAUAUAGCGACAGCAAAUUCCAUAGCGCGUGUGUAUAUGUGUUUUGUUUUCUUCCGUGGUUUUUUAAUUAAUCUACUUGAGGCCUGGGAGUCUGAAGGUUCUGUGCAGUAUCUUAGCUUUUCCUAAAACCGCAAUCUAAUGGACAGCGAUAUCAAAUGUCCCACCUGGAAUCUGCUGAAACCACUCCCUAAACUUUUGUGUUCACAACUCAGAGUGCUCCUAUCACAACUGGGACUAUUACUUCAUUUACUUUUCAUAUCCUUUCUAGCUCCUCUUUCAGUACUUGGUAUUUAACCACCAUCUCAUGUUCCUUCUUACUGAUGUUUUGGUCACUUGGUAUUGCCACAUCCACUACCACUGCAAUCCUCCGUUCCUUGUCUACCACCGUGAUGUCUGAUUGGUUGGCCAGUACUUGCUUGUCUGUCUUUAACUGAAAGUCCCACAGGAUCUUAGCCCUGUCAUUCUCCACUACCCUUUGUAUUAUGUCCCAUCUGUACACAAUGCAGUGCUUGGUUCUGCCUCUCCGUGAAUGCCUUCCCUGGCAUCCGGCUAGUAUGUGCAGAGGCCUCUUUGCACAGUCUACACCUUGGGUAUUGUCUGGUGUGGUAGACCCCUGCUUCUAUACCAAAGUCUAUUUUUAUUUUUGAAUUCUUACUUAAAGGGACACUCCAGGCACCCAGACCACUUCUGCCCAUUGUAGUGGUCUGGGUGCCAACUCCCAUCACCCUUAACCCUGCAAGUGUAAUGUAAUUAUUGCAGUUUUUAUAAACUGCAAUAAUUUCCUUUCAGGGUUAAGUCCUCCUCUAGUGACUGUUUCUUAGACAGCCACUAGAGGGACUUCUGGCUUCUUAAAACACGAAAAGUGUUUUAAACGACGCUGGACUUCCUCACGUUAUGCAGGAGGACCUCCAGCGUCGCCGGAAUCCCCAUAGGAAAGCAUUGAACAAUGCUUUCCUAUGGGAAGGUCUAAUGCACGCGUGCAGCCAUUGUCACGCAUGCGCAUUAAGUCUACCCCAUCGGCGGGAGUUUUAACCCCUUCAGCAACAUUGGAUGGGGGGUGGGAGGGAGAGGGGCACUGCAGUAUUCUGCAGUGCCUGGAAAACGGAUUUGUUUUCCUGGCACUGGAGAGUCCCUUUAAGCAGUGUGUCCGGUUACAACAUAAGAAAGAUAUAGUAAGUGCAUAUUACAAACAGGCAUAUAUUGGUUAUAAAACAUGAGAAUCACCCAGUGUUUGUAGUAGUAAAUAAAUGCACCUUUCGUAAUGGCAGGAGACGUUCGAUUAAACUUGACCUGCUCUGCUUGGACAAAUGUAUCCACUAAUGUCCUGGGGUGAGUCAGUUAGUGGCUUUAGUAGCUGGGAUGUGCACUAACCCGAGGGGGGAGGGAGGGGGAAAUCAAGUGGGGUCACUCUGUGUUUAUCCAAUGAAUGAAAAGGGCAUUUGGGGCCAGGGUUCUGUCUGUGAUUCCUAUGGUUGAGAGAAAUGUUGCUGCUUCGGAAGGUGUGGUAGUUCUAUACACAUAUCCAUCUUUCGAUUCUGAGAGAGCUCUCAAAGCUUGAGGAACUUGAUUUGCAGUUGCCGAAAUAAUACAGGGUUUUUUUUUUUUUUUGCGUGAAAUUGGCAGUGGACAAUUGCAUCUCGGGGAGUUGUGCUUUGUUGACUUAAGUCCCAUUGAUGAGUAGGUUUUUGACAGCAAGUAAUAAGCACCUUAAAAACAUUGGGCAGACUAGAUAGGUCGAAUGGUUCUUAUCUGCCGUCACAUUCUAAAUACUCUCAUUAGUCCCUGGCCUUAUUUUAUAUCUAGGAUAGCCUUCUGCCUAUCUCACGCAUGCUUAAACUCCUUCACUGUGUUAACCUCUGCCACUUCAGCUGGAAGGCUAUUCCAUGCAUCUAAAACCCUCUCAGUAAAGUAAUACAUUUGUUUUAUGCUUAUGCUCCACCUUGACUGUAUGUGGUGUUUUGUUUAAUUUUUUAUUUUAUUUUUUACUUUUUUGCUGAACCCCCAUUGGAUUUAUGUUGUUACAUAGAACUGUUACUUCUUUGGUUUGUUCUAUUGAUACGGUUUGACACUUUUUUUUUCUUUUUCUUUUUUUCUUCUUCUACAGAACCCACACAAAUUUACAGAUUUUUGCGGACACGGAAUCUUAUAGCUGUAAGUAUAACUUAUUUUUUCUGGAUGUGCUUCAGAGUUUGUGUUUUCAACUACUAAAAUUUUGUCUCUUUCUCUCCAUAGCCAAUAUUUUUGCACAGAACGCUUACAUACAUGUCACACAGAAAUUCCAGAUCAAAUACUAAAAGGUAAUGCCAGAUUAUCAUCGCCAAUAAUGAAUUUGAAAGAUACAGCUUUGUAGAUACUUGAAAGGCCAAAAUCUUCCAGUUAUCAAUUUAAAAGUACAAAUAAUGUAUUGUUGUUAUUCAAAUGGCUGGUAUCCAAAUUUACAUUCUAUAUAUUGUGUUGGAUUAGUAUGUGUGAGAGAUCAACAGACUAGCUUACAAAUGGUCCUAAGUUUUGCAUAAAAAUGUCAAGUUGCUUAGAUUUAGGUCUGUAAACAUGUCUUAGCAGAACCUGCUCCAUUUCUUGUUACGCUAUGUCAAACUUGUCCUGUUGCAAUUACAUUUGUGUUUCAUUUACCAAUUUUAUAACUCAGCAGCUAAUGGUACUAUAAAAAGAAAGAGCUGUAGAGAGCAGAGCUGGGUUGGCAUGUCUCAGCCCUUACUAUUCGUGUUUUAUGCAAUUAAGAGUCGGUUCUUAUGCUUUUAAUGAAUCUUUUUUUUUUCCCGUGUGGGAUUUAUGGGCAUUAGCGUCUAGACUGACAUACACAACUGUUGUCAUUUCUAAACUUGUGGGUGGGUCACUGCUUUCUGGCAGGUUCAGGUAGUGACUAAACACACAAACAUCCAGUCGUAGUUUGUUUAUAGCUGCUUUUAAUUGUAGACAUUGUGAUAGGUCAAAAAAUUUGUGCAUAAGCGGUGCCCUGUAGUUGUAAAUCAAAAGGAAAUAUGAUCUAGAACAUAUACUGCAGGAUCUGAUAUGCAUUUCCUAUUUUGUGGAAUAUGUAACAUGUUUUGAAGAUGUACUUAGGCAUUACCAAGAAAUUGGGCCAUGAUAGGUUGUGUGUUUAACAUUAGUGGGAACUCGAGAUGAGAGAUCUGGUUUAAACCUUAAUCCACAUUUCAGUAAAAGGAUUAAUACCCAGGUGGAGUAAAAUUACUCAAUGCAAACCACAACUGUGCUAUCCCUUGUAGUGAAUCCUCAUUCAGCUAUGAUGGUACUAUAAUGGGCCUGGGUCAAACAGUGUGUGGCUGGACGGAGCAGGGGAAAAUGGACAAAAUGCGGUGCAGACAGAGCAGGGCCCAUGUUCUUUUGACCAUUUGUUUUUCUAUCAGUGUAUGUCCGAUAUGCUUAAUAGCUUCUGAAAUUUGGAUAUGCUUUAAAAUGUUGCCUAUGAUGCAAGAACUGUAGGAAUAACACAUUGUUUAAUUUCAUUCCUGCAGGAAAGUUUUUAAAGCAGACGACAUGUUGUUGAAAGUAGAAAAAAUGAAAGGAGAUCAGGAGUCUCACAGGUAAUUUGAAAUUCUGUAUCUUUUUUUAUUUGUAUUUUUACUUUUGUAAAUCUGUGUUUUUUUUUUUGUUUUGUUUUUUUUUAAAUUUUUUUUAUUUUUUAUAUUCUUUAUUUUAUUUGUGCACAGUGUGAACAACCAUGUUUGUACUGCCACGACAGCUUGUACAGACAGACAUGUGGAUUGGCAUGGCUUUAAGAAAUAUUGCACUUUUUGUUUUAAAAGUCAGAAUUAGUAACAUAUUAAGGGUUAAACAAGCUUAGAGGAUUCAGGUCACUGGUGGCCUGUAGUGGUAUUUGGUAGUCCGAAACAUAACAGUAUAUCUCUCGGGUACUUAGCUGCUCCAGGGUUGGAUGGGGCCCCCUUCCGAGGGUGCGCGGCUGUGGAUCAUGCUGGUUGUAGAUUGGGGGGCGGAGGGGAGGAAUCUGUGCCCUUUGACGGGUUAGGGUGUCUAAGGUAAGAGUUCUUGGUCUCCUUUGCAAUACGCUAGUAUGGUAGCCCUUAAGCGCAAAAAAAAACCAAACAUUCAGCAAAGAAAAGAAAACCAUUUCAACUGGGUAAGUAUAGUCACAAGUUUUAGUGGCGGAGUCUGGUGCUUUCGAGAGGAUGGGAAGGUGUCCUCACAGUGCGGCCUGUUCAGGUUAUGUGGCUUGCCGGCGCGGCAUGCCGAGAUGACCUGGGUAUAAAUUCCCUUGCGGUGUUUGGGUCUAGCCUGGACAGGGAGGUUGUGGAUUCUGAUUGCGGUGCUGUCAGGCCCAGUUGGCACAGGUGAGUGACAAGUUCUUGUGGGCUCCUUGCACGGUAUAGAGUCCUUUGAAAGGUGAAGGUGAUGAGGCGUGGUGUUCCCCAUCGAUACUGGAUGUUGUUGGACCUUAGGAGUAGUAAGCUAGGUUAAAGCGAUUUGCACCAAUUAAGUGUUCCUCUCGUUAUAUCAGAGAAUACUAGUAGUUGAGAGUCCUCAAAUGGUAGAGGGGCUUUUUUCCCGGGGCGCCGCCAUGACCGCAGAUUUGUCCUGUUGGGUUUGGAAUUUUACAAUAACGUCAGCCGUGGCGGUCGGGGGUGCGUUUGUUGGCUUGGGCAAGCGGAACAGUCUGUCAAUCUUCACGAGUUUGGCCUUCUUGGGUUGCAGUAGUGUUGCUAUUAGGCACCUCAAAUAGUGUGGGAGGUCUGCUAACCCUAUAUCGUCAGGUACCCCUCUGACCUUUAGGUUGUUUCUCCUUCUAUGAUCUUCUAAUGCCUCCACUUUCUCCGCCGUGCCCAGUUGUUGUUGUGUGUGGAGGUCUGACAUUUUUGUUCCAGAUUGUGUAGUCUCGUGUCUUGAUUAUCUGCCUUUGUCUCCAAUUGUGUAAGCCUCGUGGUGGCCCCCUCUAAGGCCCCUUUGAAGUAUGUUCGGUCGGCAGCUAAAUCCUUCCUGAGUUCCAUUAAGAUUUUAGUCAGCAAGGCUGCUGUGAACGGUUCCCCUGCUGGAGAUGCUUUGGGCUUGAGCCCUACGGGCUGGUUUGUCGAUGCACCUUCUCCCAGAUCCGGGUAGAAGUCUCCUGAGGAGUCAGAGUAUUUGCCGAUGUCGUGGCUAAGAGCAGUUUUGUCCAGCCUCGGUUUCUUUUUUUUCUUGCCCUUUAUCUUCUCCUCGACCUGUUGGUAAGGUUUGAGGGAGGAAGGUGCCCAAUUUCCGCAGUUUAAUCAGGUAUUUUGCUUAAUUUUGAUACGGAGCUGUUCACCGUGCGGCUUUGCUGGUCCGCAGCUAGCUUACAGUCUCAAGCUUUGCAUAACAUAUGGUUUCUUGUAUAUGUAGAUGCAUUAGAUGAGUGACCAUCAGUCGUCGUGUUUCCUGUGCCAUAUCCCUCUGUCUCCUGUGUGGUGUGUAAGCAGGUGUUGCAGUUGUUUCCGGGGGAUUGGCAUCUGCACCUCAGGGGCUGCCAUAGAUCCUAUGUUCAUGUCAGCUUUUACGUAAGCAUCUGUCCAGAGCAAGGGCCUUCACCCCGUGGCAACCUCCCCUCGGCCCUCUAGCAUCUCGGUUCGUAGUUAUGGGGAAAAGUAAGUUAGGUAGAGCUAGAAUAGGGAAGCGGGUUAAGUGAGGUUAGCCUAUGGUCGUCGCCGGGUGGGGCAAGUUCCUGCCUGCCAUGUUUCCGCGUGUCUAGUCUGUCUCCCUGUUAGGGAGGUGUGUAACGCCUCCGCCCCCUGUAUGUCCUCUACCCUGCGGAUGCACUCGUUUUUCCUAGGGACUUCUGCUUUUUUCCAGUAGGCCAGUAUAUUGACCUUGGCAGCAUUCAGUAGGUGAUGUAAAAUUGAUUUUUUUUUUUUUUUAAAUAUAAAUUCUUUAUUUUUGUCGUGCAAGAAUUUACAACAGUGUCUGCGUAGCCACAAUAGCCGUAACAGACGCCUUCAAAUACGACAUUCAAAAACAUUUUCGUGGCUUAUUUAAACUUAGCACGUUUUUAUCAUUUAAGGAUCAUUUAAGACAACAUUAAGCUUUGUACGAUUCAACAUGUUUGUCGGUAACAGCAUUCAAGUGGCUAGGUCACAUGUUGGUCUACGCAUUUAUUAUAUAUAUAAGUAACCCGCUUAUCUAUGUAUAUGAGGUUGACAGGCUAGUAGGUAAUGUUUAUGUAGUAUAACACGCUAGGGUAGGUAUGUCUUUAAAAAAGCUAGUCAAGCUGAAGGUUAUAAUUGUGUCGUUUGUAUGUGGUGCGACCUGUACGUCCUAAAAACCUAGUGGCGUGAUUAACCAAUUCUCAAGGUAGUGGAGGCAGCGUUCUAUCAUGUGAAGCAGGUGUGAGUAGUGUGAGAUCCUACUAGCCACCAGGUACGAUUCGCAUGGUGUAGUUAAUAUAUGAGAAAACUGUUGCUGUGCGCGGGUGCCAUGGUCAUUGUUUUCCUGGCCGCCGAGCACAGCAAGGCAUGACAGGGUGAAACAUUAUGCUUUUGAGUUCACAGCAACAUUAAGGUAAACAAUAAGCUAAUUAAAGGAAUAAAAUAAUAAAGCAAUAAAAUAACAAUAAAACCGCUAAAGCAAUUUAGGUAGGUGCUUCUGGUGUAGCUGCAAGACAGUUCAACUCAUGUCCCCAUAGUAGGGCCUGUCCCCUCGGGACCUGCCUGUAGCUGUUUUAGCCCAAUCCCACUUCUGGUAGGUUGUCGAUCCUGGGGUGCAGAAGUCCGCUAGUGUCUCGAUGGGGCUUGGUGGGUUGAGAUGGGUCGCGGCAACCGUGCUUGGCUUUUCCCGGCGUCUGUGCUAUAUAUUAGAGUAAAAAAAAUUUAAGUGGGGAGUCUCAGAUGAGAUCUAUGAACUUGGCGUUAUUAUGGUUAGGCAAUCUGUGUGGCUUGAUGUUCCCGUGCCCCUUUCCGGAUCUCAGGUACCCAUCGCGUGGCGGCCGGCCCUCUGCGCUUUAAAUGCGGUGGAGGGCAAGGUGGAGGCCCCAGAGGGCUGGAAUGCUUGGACUUUGGCCAUGUCCCAGAAGUGAGGGGGUUGUCAUCUCAGGGCUUGGGUGGUGCUAACCGGGUUCGUCGAUAGCCCCAGAGCGGUCAGUACUGAGUCCAUUUCCGCUGCAUCCGUUAGGCAGGUUGUUGCGCCCCCAUGAGAGAUGACCAGGCUCCUAGGGAAUGCCCAUCGAUAUGGGAUAGAGUGUUGACGGGGCGUGGCUGUUAGUGGCUUGAGCCGGCUUCUCCAUAUCACUGUGGGCCUGGACAAGUCCUGAUAAAAGGAUAAGGUAGCAUUUUCAAAUGGGUAAUUUGCCUUGUUUCUCACGGCAGUCAUAAGGGUCAGUUGGGCUGCCCGUGUUUGUAGCUGCAGGAUGACAUCCCAUGGGGUGUCUGCUGGUGCUGUGGCGGCUCUCGGGAUGCGGUAGGUCCCAUCUAUCUCAGUUAGGCGUGCUUGUUGUGUUGAGAGCAGGGAGGCGAGCAGUCUCCCGACGUAGUGUGUCAAGUCGCCUGAGGCCACAGUCUCCGGGAUACCCCGGAUUUUUACAUUUCUGCUCCUGUGCUGGUCUUCUAGUGCGUCUAGGCGGCUGGUGAGUUGAGACUGAGCGCGCCGCAUCUGUGUUUUGGGCUUCCAGUUGUGUACACCGGGCGGAGAGGUCUUUCGUUUCUCCCUCUCUUGUUUUGACGCGCCCCUCUACUGUUUGUAUUUCUUCUCGCAGUGUGGCCACAUCUGUGGCAAACAUUUUGCGGAGGUUGCGGAGCAAGGCUUUGAGAUCCCCCUUCGUGGAGGGCAGCUCGCUAUCUUCGUCGGAGGACGGGAGGUGUAAGCCCCCUGAGCUCGGGAAUUCAUCCAGCUCGUCCAUUGCUUGGUCCUCGGAGGAGGCCGAGGCCGUAUCGCCAUGGUUUUGUUUUUUUGUUUUUUUUGGUGCGGCGUGGUUUGGGGCCUGUGCAGGUCGGAGGAGAAGAGCCCCGAUGUCUCGUGCCCCUGUCGGUCUCGGGGUUCCCUGGUGUUUUGUCUUCUUCCCCAUCUCACUGUGACCCGAUAGAGGUUGGAGUGUUUCAGGUGGUUAAAUCGCUUAUUUCAGGCUUAAUUCUGCGGAGCUCUGCUGGCACACGUCUGCUCUGUAUGGCUGCUGGCUCCGCCCCCUGUAAAAUUGAUUUCUUAUAGAGUGAAUUCGGUUGUGGAGAGAUAUGUAGUAGUGCGAGGUUGGCCGAACAUUCUGGUAUAUCCCCUAGGAUCAUGGUCACGUUGUCUUUUACCAUCUCACAGUAUGGGGCACAUGUCGUGGCACCCCCACCAGAUGUGGAGCAGCAUUCCCCUCUCUGUUUUGCAUCUCCAGCAUGUCGGGUGUAUCUUUGGGAAGAUUCGAUGUAGAAGGGUCGGUGUUUUAGACCAUAGUGAUAUUUGUUUAUAAUUCACCUCCUGAUAAUAGGAGCUCAUGGAGCUCUUGUGUUGCCACAACAGUGCCUUAUCCCACUGUGCUGAAGAGAAUGACUUGACCAGCUGUUCUUCCCAUUGUCUCCGGAAGGUAUCGUUUGCUGUUCGAUCGCCAACCACUAAGUGUUGAUAGUGUGGAUACCGCAUUGCCUAUUGUGGUACCUCGGUUCUCUGUGUAGGUGUUCUUAGUGCGGGAGCGAGUCAUAGUAGUGUUUCAGUUGCAUAUAUCGGAGGGAGUUUGGGGGAGUCCUCUGUCUACCCUCCAGUAAUGAGUUGAAGUCCCGUUCCUUAAAGCUCUCUUGAUGGGGAUGAAUUCCCCGUUGCUAAGAAGGAUCCAUGCCCUCAGAGGUAGUCCCCCUCCAAUUUUGCUAUUGUAUGUAACCAGGAUUAGGGGGCUAGGUGUAGGUGAUAUGUGUUUGUUCCCGCAGCGAUCUCCAGCUGCGUAAUGUUUGCGAGACCAGUCCUCAUCCCAUUCACUUGGUCCUGUAUCCCUCUGUAUCCUUUCCACACCAUCAAUACUAAAGUCUUGCCAACAUCUCCCUUGUCCAGAGUCACCCACUGUUUGUGCGUGAGACUUGCGUGCCAUUCGAGAAUUCGUUAUAGGGCUGUGGCCUGGUGAUAUCUCUUAAAGUCUGGUAGUGCCAAUCCACCCUUGUGCCUGGGUAGGCAUAAUAUGUUGUCGUAAUCUGGAUUGCUCUCCUCGCCACACAAAUUUGGUUACUACCGUUUUUAGAGUAGAAAAGAAGGUGGCCGGCGGGGCAAGGGGAAUGGUCUGUAGUAGAUAUAGGACCCUCUGUAGUAUGUUAAAUUUAAGUACUGCGACACGUCCAUGCCACGUCACAUGGGGGUAUGCCCACCUGUCCAGGUCCGCCAGCAAUAUCUUCAAUAAGGGUAUGAAGUUAUGUCGGUAUAUGUCGUUUUGGUCUGUGGUCACCCAUAUUCCCAGGUAUUUUAUUUUGCCAUAACACCAGUGAAACUUGAAUUGUGAGUCCAAGGCCAGGUAUUCCUCGGUGGGGAUUGUGACAUUCAGUACUUCGCAUUUUGCUAAGUUGAGUUUAAAGCCGGAGAACCUGCCAAACUUUUCGAACUCUGAGAGGAGGCAGGGCAGCGCGAGUCGCGGAUUAUUUACGAAGAAAAGGUCGUCGGCGUAAGCGGCGACUUUGUGGUGUACCCCAUGCCACAUGUAGCACUGUAUGUCGGUGUUCAGGCGGAUGGCCUAAAGCAGUGGGGACAACUGGCAUCCCUGCCUUGUGCCAUUGCUGAUCUCGAAAUCAACCGUCCAGCCCCUAUUAAUCCUCACUGAUGCCCUUGGUUUAUUGUAUAUGGCGCUAAUCCAGUUGAGGAGCCUUUGGUAUUUUUACUUUUGAAAUCUUUUCACUGCAGCAAUUAUAAUCUCCAACUGAUGCUAGCUCUUUGUUUACAUGCCUGUCUGCCUCUGGUCAAGCACUAAUAGGCCUGUGUGUUUUCACUACAGAUUUUUUUUUUCUUCUUUUCCUUGCAAGGGCCGAGUGUUUUCAUUCACUUGUGCUAUCUAUUAAAAAAAAAUCUUUAUACAAAACACAUGCAUGCAUCUAUUAAGCACAUUUCUAUUCUGUGCAGAUAAUUUAUAAUUUAGGUUCUGGGAUUUGUCUCUUGCAAGAUUGUUCAACUACUUUCUUUUAUUUCUAGUUUAUCUGCUCACCUGCAGCUCACAUUCACUGGUUUCUUCCAUAAAAAUGGUAAGUACUCUUGAUUAUUGUCGGAUACUUAUUAUAUCCCAGUACCUGUUAAGUUGAUAAUCUCUGCCCUUUUUAACCUUAGAUAAGCCAUCCCAAAACUCAGAAAAUGAACAAAAUUCUGUAACCUUGGAGGUCCUGCUUGUAAAAGUUUGUCACAAGAAGCGAAAGGUGGGCUGUUAUAAUUCAAUAGAAUGUAUCAAUUUUCAUAUUACAUGUUGGGAAUCUGUUGUUUUGGACAUUUCCGUUCUCUCAUUCUAUAGACCACGUGUGACAAUUGCUAUUUGAUUCAUAUGAGGUUUAAUUCAUUCCUUCUCCUUUAUAAUAUUGGGCAUUAAUAGGGUGUUAUGGUGACCUUUUCUUUUACAUUACUGUACAAAGGACAAGAGGUUAUUCACUAUACAGACACUUCUUACUUACCGACCAAGUUAAGUUUGGGGAUUUUAUCCAGAUUAGCAACUUUUUUUUUUUUAAAGCUGGAUUUCAGCUUGUUACAAUUCAGAGUUUAGUAAAAAGGCAGUGCUUACAUUAAUAAAAUGCCUGCAGGGACCUAAUAUAGAGCUCUAGUUGUUCUGGUGGCUAUAGUGUCCCUUUAAGGAAUGGAUGCUUUAUCUCGAUUAGAUCAAUAAAACAUUUACAGCAGGGCUAAGAUAACAAAUCCUUGAGUGAAUGCAUUAUGAGAAUCAGUAGAUAUAUAUAUUAAUAACAGUUAAUAUGGUAGUUUCCACUUUUCCGUUCAAAGAUUUUUGUUGCUUUUCAAAGGAACACUACAGUGUCAGGAAUACAAACGUGUAUUCCUGACACUACAGUUGAAAAACUACAGUUUAGGGUACUGGACCCCUUCUGCUUCCUUUUUUAAAAGGUGAUUUUACUCCUCUUUCUUCCACCUCUGUGCUGGAUCAUCUUGCGUCUGGCCCGGAUCCACUGCACCUCCUUAGUUGAGAUAAUCAAAUUUGACAAUCUCGGCUAAUCCAAUGUUUUCGCAUAGGAAAAAGAUUGGGAGGCCAUUGCUCAUCUGUGGAAAAACGCUGCGCAUCAUAGAGAUGCAUUGACUUAAUGCAUUUCUUUAAGGUUUGUUCAGCCACUGAAUGUCAGUGCUGCACACUGUGACCCAGGAAGCAUCUCUAAUAGCCGUCUGAGUGACUUCCACUAGAGGUGUUACUAGGCAGUAAUGUAAACACUGCCUUUUCUCUGAAAAUGCAGUUUUUACAUUGAAAAGGCUAUAGGCACCAGAACAACUACAUUAAAGGACCACUAUAGUGCUAGGAAAACAUGCUCGUUUUCCUGGCACUAUAGUGCCCCCACCCUCAGGGUCCCCCUCCCGCCGGGCUGGAUGGUGAGGAAAGGGUUAAAUCUUACCUUUUUUUCCAGCGCCGGGCGGGGAGCUCGCCUCCUCCUGCUCUCCUCCUCUUCGGCUGAAUGCGCAUGCGCGGCAGGAGCUGCGCGUGCAUUGAACCAGUCUCAUAGGAAAGCAUUCAUAGUGGUUUCCUAUGAAUGCUGGCGUCUUCUCACUGUGAUUUUCACAGUGAGAAGCACGCAAACGCCUCUAGCGGCUGUCAAUGAGACAGCCACUAGAGGCUGCAUUAAUUCUAAUAUAAACAUAGCAGUUUCUCUGAAUGUCUCUGAGUUUCUCUGAAACUAUGUUUAUAAAAAAAAAAAAAAAAAGGGUUAAUCCUAGAGGGACCUGGCACCCAGACCACUUCAUUAGGCUGAAGUGGUCUGGGUGCCUAGAGUGGUCAUUUAAGCUGUAGUUGUUCUGUUUACUAUAGUUUCUUUUUUAAAGGCAGCAAAAAACAUCAACAAGGCUGUGUGAAAGGAUGGCAACAGAGAUUGUGCAGUUUAAUUAUAUAGUCCCUUACAUUACUUGUAACUUUGUGACCCUCUUAGAUUGAGCCACACGUGGUUAUUUACUGAACUCUAAAUGGAACAAAUUAAAAUCCACUUAUUUGGAGAAAUUCUACAAUUUGGCCGUAAUCACAGCUUGACUAUUUAAGCUUAAAUUUUACCAUUGGUGUUUUAGCUUGCUGUAAUUUGGGGUAUGGUAGAUAACCCUGACUGUGAGUAAACAUUUUGACUAGAGAUUAGUUUGUAGUUGCCAGGUCAUCUUUACACUGUAUUGUAGUUUCCCUUAAUGGUAACGGAUGUUGGUUCUAUGUUUAUGCUAGCAUUAUAGCACCUGCCUUUUAUUGCAAUUGACACCUUUCUGAUUUGAAUCUGUUUUACCUUUAAUUAGGAUGUAAGCUGCCCAAUAAGACAGGUUCCAACAGGGAAAAAGCAGGUGCCUUUGAACCCAGAUAUCAACCCAACAAAGCCUGGGAAUUUGCCAUCGUUGGCUGUUUCUAGCAAUGAAUUUGAGCCAAGCAACAGUCACAUGGUUAAAUCAUAUUCACUGCUCUUCAGAGUAACCCGCCAAGGCCGGAGAGAGUUUAAUGGACUGAGCAAUGGAGAAACAAAUGAGAACAUAGGUACCACAAGUUUCUUUCUUUUCUUUUUUUUUAAUUUUAUUAUUAAUCAUAUAAUUAAAUCAGAUGAAGCUUUCUCCUCUGUGAAAUGAUUGUUUAGCGGUUUUCACGUCACAGGCAGUCACCUUGUCCUAUAGAUUGUUUUAGAGAAGUGAGCGAGUGUUAUAUAACCAUAGUGUGAAGUGCACGUUGAAGUUUAUACUAGUUUUUCAUGAAGAUAAGAAAUUAGUGUUGGGUUUUGCUUUUUAUGUAGUAACAAUGCGAUGUUAUGUGAUAGCUAUUUGGCUUUAGUGUUCUUUUAAAACAUGCUCCACUGAUGUCGAAAUGUGUGUGCACCGUGGUCUCGUGCAGUUCUGUUGUCCUCUACUUUUUAUUAUGAUUGUUUCUGUGUGUGACUAUCUGGCAGUCGGAAGAAUGCCUAUGAAUGGGAUGUUAAGUAGAUGCAUCCCACUGGUGUAUGUCGAGAUUGCCUCACUUUUAGAAGUUUGCCCUAUUAUUUUAUUUUCAGAAAGGCAAGUCUGUCCAUUAGAUGAGUCUUAGAACCUGUGCUGGCAAGCCAUAUGUCGUUACUGUGAUUUUUCUUUUAUUUUAUCAUCUUGUUUUGACUUUAACUAGAUGUAACAGAGGAAGCACCAACUCGAAGAAAAAGAAAUGCAUCAAAUAGGGAUGAAGGAGAGAAGACCUUUGUGGCCCAGAUGACUGUGUUUGACAAGAACAGGUGAAAACAACAUGGGUCAAUUAGGUUUAUGAUGUUAAAGGGGCACUUCAGACACCAAAUCAACCUCAUGAAGUUAUGGUGUCAGAAGGCGUCCGGAGGCACUUUCACCACUAAGUUUCCUAUAGCGGCAAUGUCUCCUUUCCCCCCCAGACGGCAUCCAAUUUCUGAAAAUUUAACUUUCAGGAGCCACAAAAUGGACGUGAAAAGAAACAUACCUUUUUCAAGCCAUUUUUGUGUAUUGGGGAGCCACUGAUUGGCUGAGAGUUUCGGAAGACCACUCUCGGACAAUGAGCGGUGCCCCUACCCAGUGGCACUCUCUGCUUACUGAAAGUGACAUUUCAGAAGCCAGAUGCUGCUGGGUCGGGGUGGACAUUGCUUCUGCAGGCACCUUGGGGGUUAAACGGUUCAGGAAGAGUUUAAUCCCUUGAGGCAAAAGUGCCUCCAGGACCUCUUGUCAUUGUAAAAACUUAAUUUACAUGAAGUUAAUUUGGUGCCUGGAGUGUCACAUUAAUGGUGAUGUAUUAUAAAUUAUCCAGUCAUAAUUAAUUUCUAUUAAUAAGUGGAUGCUUGUGUUUUAAGACGUUUGCAGUUACUAGACGGCGAAUAUGAGGUCGCCAUGCAAGAGAUGGAGGAAUGUCCUGUGAGCAAGAAAAGAGCCACUUGGGAAACUAUACUUGAUGGAAAGGUGAGUCUUGUGGUCAAUCCGUUGUUUUUUUAAUUAUUGCUGAGCUUCUUGUAGCUUUUUGUUUGCUUCAGGUCUUUUAUCCUCAAAUUAUUUGUCAUAUCUCAAUGUCUGUCAAAAAAUUUCGAGCAGCCUGUGCUCUGUAAUCUAUUUAACAGAUAUAUUAUGAUGAAUAAGCUGGUAAUUUCUUCAUUAAUUUGGAGAUUUCUGCAGCUUUCAAUGGGCUGCCAGGUUCCCAGACAUUAAACCAUUAACCCCUUAAGGACAGAGUUUCUGAAGCUUGUUUUUCACUUAAUGACAACAGCAUUUUUUUGCUGUUUACGUUCAACUGCAAUUUGCAUUUUACUAAUUUAUUGCACCGACACAUAUACCGUUUUUUAAAGGACAGAAAGGGUUUUAAUUUUAUGUAACACACACAUAUAUAUAUAUAUAUAUAUAUAUAUAUAUUUAUUUAUUAUAAAAAAAAAUACAGAAAAAUGCAAAAAGAAUAAAACAAAAAAUUGUUUUUUUUUUUACAGUUUUUGCAAUAAUGUGUGCACAAUUAGUGCAGGUUAAGGAAAGUAAUUAAAAAUAAAUUCAUUUAGUUCUGAUUUACAGAAUAUAUAAUGUCUGGGAUUUUAAGUUUUUGUUUUUUUUGGGUAGUUACAGGUCACAAAGUACAAGGAGUAAAAUAAUGUUUUAAUGUGGAGUGAUUUUAGAAUUUGGUAUGUUUGUCUUGUAAGCUUAACCCCUAAACGCCGUUACGGCGUUCUAUGCCGUUACGCAUUAAAUGGGCUUUAAAGCCGUUGCGGCGGCAUAGAACGCCGUAACGGCUUGCAGCCCCAGGAGGUGAGAUUUACUCACCUCCGCCGCGAUCCUCUUCUGGAGGGCUGCCUGACAGCCCAGGCAGCCCUCCAACAGGAAAUGAGGCCCCCGGGGGCCAUGUGAUCGCUCACAAAGAGUGAUCACAUGGCCCCCUAUAGCUGGCUGUGGAUCUGCCAGCAGGGUGACUGUCUGAAAUGUCAGUCCCCCUGCUGGUGGGAAGUAUUAAAAUGAUUAGACAUGUAAAAUUAAAAUAGAAAUGUAUUUAUAUAUAAUAUAUGUAACGUCAUACGUAAUGUAUUUUAAUAUUAAUAUAAUUACAUAUAUUAGUAUUAAAAUACACUUAGAAUGACGUUACAUAUAUAUAAUAUAGAUAAUAGAUAUAUACACAUAUAUUAUAUAAAUACAUAUAAUUGUGUGUGUGUAUGUAUGUAUGUAUGUGUAUAUAUAUAUAUAUAUAUAUAUAUAUAUAUAUAUAUAUAAAUAUAAAAUACACAAGAUGUCACAGGUGCCUCAUCCCAGGGCCCUAUUUAGCCUUGUACUGCAGAGAGCCCCAGAUGGAAUUUCUUUCCCCAAGUAGGUUAAUCUCAUAAGAGCAGACAUUAGGCUGUUAGUGUAGGACCUGCCAAAGAUGGGGUACAUUGACGUUGUGGCAGGCUUAUGCAAUGUAUGAUCAUAUAAUGUAACUAAACCCCCAUUAUUUUUGCCUAGAUUAGGUGUUUUUAAAAAAAAAAAUAAAAUCUUUCAACAUUGAAGUUGCUGUUUAGUGGAUAGGUGAGUGCGCUGGAUCUUGUGUAUUGUAUUAUUUGGCCCCCAGCAGCACCCCCAUUUAUGCAUGUUAAGGUGAGUGCAGCCAACCCCCUCUUGUUUUUAUAUAUAUAUAUAUAUAUAUAUAUAUAUAUAUAUAUAUAUAUAUAUAUAUAUAUAUAUAUAUAUAUAUAUAUAUAUAUAUAUAUUACAAAUAACCGCAUAUAUACACACACACACACAUAUACAUAGAAUGUGACGGCAGAUAAGAACCAGUCUGUCCAAUUUUCUAAAUACUUUCAUUAGUCUCCAGCCUUAUCUUAUAGUUAGGAUAGCCUUAUGCCUAUCCCACGCAUGCUUAAACUCCUUUACUGUGUUAACCUCUACCACUUCAGCUGGAAGGCUAUUCCAUGCAUCCACUACCCUCUCAGUAAAGUAAUACUUCCUGAUCUUAUUUUUAAACCUUUGUCCCUCUAGUACAUAGGGGGUACUGUUUUACUCAGGAGACUUCGCUGAACUCAAAUAUUAGUGUUUUCAAACUGGUAAAUUGUAUUACAACGAUGAUAUUUUAAGUAAAAUUGACAUUUUUUUCCUUUUUUACAAAUGAACGGCACUUUUAUGGACUAUAUUAUUGUUAUAAUAUGUUUUAGUGUUUUAUAUAUAUUUUUUACUGUUUUGAAUCACUAAUAUGUGUUUAGUGAAGUGUCCCGAAAAUAACAGUACCCCCCAUGUACAGGAUUAAUGGUGUUUUGGAACGUUAGAGAGUCACAUAUAAGGCUUGCAUUUAAUUUUUUUUACAUUGAAAUUUGCCAGAUUGGUUAUGUUGCCUUUGAGAGCGUAUGGUAGCCCAGGAAUGAGAAUUACCCCCAUGAUGGCAUACCAUUUGCAAAAGUAGACAACCUAGUCUAUGUCCAGUCUUUCUUAGUAGCCACUUGGUCACAAACACUGGCCAAAUAUUAGUUUUUUUCUUUUUUCACCCCAAAACAAAUAUGAACGCUAACUUUGGCCAGUGUGUUUGACUAAGUGGCUACUAAAAUUACCCCACUUUCAAUACCUUGGGUUGUUUACUUUUUCAAAUAUGGAUUGUUUUCUCAUUCCUGGGCUACCACACCAUCUCAAAGGUAACAUUACUAAUGUGGCAAAUUUCAAUUUGAAAAUGGAACGUUCUAUAUUUGACCCUGUAACUUUCCAAAACACCAUAAAACCUGUUAAUGGGGGGUACUGUUGUACUCGUGAGACAUCGCUGAUUACAAAUAUGUGAAUUUUGUGUUUUUGCAGUAAAACCUAACAGUAUUAUGACAUUCACAGCUAAAAUGUCAGACGGAAAUACAAAUUUUAAAAAAAUCUUAUUUUCUCACAUUUUUUUUAAUUUUAUUCAUAAUAAAUUAUGUUCCAUAUAUGAAUAGUUAAUGAUAAAUUAAAGCCCUGUUUCUCCUGAACAAAAUGAUAUAUUAUAAGUGUGGGUGCACUUAAUGUGACAGCGGUGAAUUACGGUUGAACAGACAUAUAGCGCAAUUUCCAGUUUUUGUUUACGUUUUGAUCAGAACGUGCACUAUUGACUCCGUCCUGAAGGGGUUUUAUAGCCAUAAAAGAAAACAAAAUUGCCACACAAAAGUAUAUAUUUAUAUAAAGUAGACAUCAUGGGCUAUUUACCUAAGGUUGUUUUGACACUUUCCACGUAGCCAUUUCACCGCCAACCUCUGCUAAAUAUUGGAUUAAAAUUGUGGGGUUUUUUUUUUUUUGGUUUUUGGCACACUAACUUAUAACAAAGAAAUUCUCAUGUGUAUUUUGUAAAGUUGGUGUGUGCUAUUCCUGUACAAAGUUUUAUUUUGUGUUCAGUUACAUCUGCUGAGUAAAAUACACCCCCAUUGUAUGUCUUUGGCACUAUUUCGUGAAGUUACAGUGCCAUACAGGAUACCUGUCCUUUUCAGUAUUCACAGUAGAAUUUUGAGAGAUGGAUUUAAUGAGCCUUAGCUUCCAUUUGGGGUAUUAUAACAGUUUGACUGUUCAAAAAAACCCACAAAGGCCUACCAUUUGUAAAAGUAGACACUCCAGGGUAUCUCAUAAGGUGCAUAUUGUGCCUUAACAUACCCCCAUUUUUUCACCAAUAUAUGCCAAAGUAUGUGGUAAAAAAUAAUUUUGUGCAUUUUUUACAUACGGAUUGCAUUUUUGCUGGGCGUUUUGUAUAUUUCAUAUGUGCCACUAAGUUCAAACCUCCCAAAUUAUGCUCAGCUAAGUCUUCUGAGUAAAAAGACACCCCCAAUGAAUGUCUUUGGCACUAUUUCUUGAAGCUACAGUGCCAUAUAGGAGACCAAGCCAUAUCAGUUUUUACCGAACUUUGAAUUUUGACGCUGGGCCUAUGUGCAAUUUCCAAGCAUCUUCGCAGGUUUUAAAUUCAAACUACCCCACAAAGGCCUACCAUUUCUUAAAGUAGACACCCCAGGGUAUUUCAAAAGGUAUAUUUUUGAACCUUAGCAUGCAAUAAUUUUUCCACUAGCUUCUACCAGGUGUAGUGGUAAUAAGCGUUUUUUAUGCCUUGAAAAGUGAGUUUGCACAGUAUAUUUUGCAAACCUUAUGUGUGCUACCACUGUAUAAUACUUCAUAUGUUGCUCAGCUAUGUCGGCUGAGUACAGCAAUACCCCCGUAUGUACCUUUGCCAGGUAUAUGUGGAUGUUGAAGGGGCGCAUUUGAGACGCAGCCAUUCAGUUUUUUUCUAACUUUGAAGUUUUACGCUGUGUCCAUGUUCCAAUUUGAAGUAGUUUAGACGGUUGGUUAUUGAAACUUCCCCACAAACACAUACUAUUUAUUAAAGAAUACACCCUGAGGUAAUUCAAAAGGCAUAUUUUGAACCUUGGCGUGGGAUCAUUUUUUCUCUAGUUUGUUCCAGGUGUAGUGGUAAUGAACUAGCAGUAAGCAGCACUAACAGUAAAUUCCCCAUUUUCCCAUAACUCCCACUCAACCCAGCUAGCAAAAUAUAUAAUUAUAAAAUAUUUAAAUUAGUUAAUUAAAUAAAUUGAACCCCUGAGGGUUAAUAAAUAAAUAAAAGUUAAUCGUCAGGGUUUAAAAAAAAAAAAAAUUAGAUCACAGUAUAAUACUGUGAUCUGUAUUUUGAUCACUGUAGGCAGUGAUCGACUGGCAGGGAAGGGGUUAAUUUUUAUUUGGACUGGCUAAAAGGGGGUGUUUUUUUUUUUUUUUUUUUACUUAAAAACUUUUUUUAACUUAAUUUUGAACUUUUUAAAGCUUAUUUUAAAACUUUUUUAACGUUAACCCCUAGUUAGCCUAACACCAAAUCCCCCAAUUCCCCACUAACUUCCACCCACCCCAGCUAGCUAAAUUUAUAAUUUUAAAAUACUUAAAUUAAUUAAUAAAAUAAAUGUAACCCCUGAGGGUUAAAAAAAAAUAAAAAAAAAAUCAUAUCAUAGUAAAAUGUAAUCCCUGCCAAUUGAUCACUGUAGUCAGUGAUCAAUUGGCAGGGAAGGGGUUAAUUUUUUAUAAAAAUGAGUAACGGGGUGGGAUUUUAAAUCAACAGAGCGAUCACAUGGUCACAAUAGGUGUCCUUUUUUUUCUGCCUGCAGUGCAUACCAGGAGAUCCCUUAGAUUUUUAUUUCUUUUGUAGCAUGUCAUGGGGGGGAUUUUUGAACUCAGCUGAUAAUGAUGGGUCGUUGGUUAACACAAUCCAAUUCUUCUUAAUAAUGUUAUUAAACUCCAUCGAUGCGACAUGCAACCAGUUUUCACCUGUCUGCUUUAAAGGAAUCUCUACCAUACUCCCAAUUUUUGAGAGUUUUUCUAAACAAUUCUGAUCAUAAGAAGGCACAUAUUCAAAUUUCAGCUAUGUGGCACAAGUUCAAGAUCAGAGGGUAGAAGGAUAGCACGCUUCAACGUGCAUUAUUGAAAUGCCAAAGUGAAGAUUUGUCUGUUAAAGAAAUAACACAUGCCCCUCGUACAGUAUUCCCGACUACGUACACCUCGGCAUCGAUGGAGUUUAAUAACAUUAUUAAGAAGAAUUGGAUUGUGUUAACCAACGACCCGUCAUUACCAGCUGAGUUCAAAAAUCCUCACCAUGACAUGCUACAAAAGAAAUAAAAAUCUAAGGGAUCUCCUGGUAUGCACUGACCCCAUUCAUUGCUAUCAACCUCCAUCUAGCAAGAUUAAUUACGGAUGCUGUCAUGCCAAAAGCAUGAGUUGGUGUUUGAUGUGUGUUUAUAUAUGUUAAGAGUAGUUUUUUUGUAAACCUUGGGAUGACAUUUAUUGUGGUCUUUGAUCUUGCACCAGGCAUAGACCAUAAAACAUCUAGAUAGCCAUCACCAGAGCUGGACACAAGGAAUUUCAUAGAGUGGGCAAUAGACUGCCAGACCAGCCCCCUCUGAUCCCCCCCAGGGGUCUGCCCACUGAGAAACAACUAGUUUAGAUAUAUGAGGGUGUUGGACUAUCCAGGAAAGUCAGUUAUUCAUUUUUCUUUUGUCAGUAACUUCUAGGAGAUCUAUACCAUCUAAGACUCCCACAAGAAUUCUAUAUGGGGUAAAUAUAUGUAAGGAAUUUCUUGUGUUUUCUCCUAUUUUAUUUUAUGUACUGUUUUGCAAUUUGUUAUCUGUAUGUCAUUUAAUUCUGUAUUUUGUACUCAGCACUGUGAAUCCUUUUUGUCAGAUUAAAUGUUUACUUAAUCAGCUUGUGUCUCUGUUCUCUAUGAGCUUCACUCUCCAGAGGAAAGCUCAGGUAAACACGUUACCAAAAGGGGUUAACUAUAUAUGUUUUAUCAGUAAAAGUAGAACUGUGAUACUAUAAUUCUCCUGUGUGUGGGGUAACCUAAGACGCCCGGGUUUAAAAGUCUUGGUGGUGGCAGUAGUACUAAGGGGGAUAGUGUAGAAGGGAUUGCAGGGGUUAAUUGAGUGGUUGCUGGGACUAGCAACAGGUAACCAGGGGUCUGGUGUCAUUAACCCUGUCACUUCCACACUCUCCCCACUGUCUCGGCUGGGCCUAUAGCCCACGCACGUGACAGAUGCCAUGUUUAGGUUGUGUGACCUGUGGACAUAUGCUGUCAGGCAAAACGUUCACACACCCUCACUCUGGGAAACCCUACACCAUUCGACACCGCUUAAUGUGUACAUCGGAUUUUGUAAUAUACAAACUUACUUGCCCAUGUGGACUAGCCUAUGUGGGCAAAACAGAUUUACCUUUACGUGAACGAGUCUGUAACCACAGAUCCUGUAUAGGGACUGCUUAAAGGGACAACAAAUCUGAGCAAAACAUUUUCUUGAGAAGGGACACUCGUUGCCCACCCUGAAACUGAUGGCCACCUUUGCGCAGAGGUGGAGACCGCAGUAAGCUGUUAUUGCAGCGUGAACUUUACUGGAUUAGGACUCUACACACCGUUCAGCCAUUUGGUUUAAAUGAAAAAUACUCAUUGGCAGUAUUUUUGUAAAUAUUGUUAUCGUGGUUUUUUGUUGAUAGGGGAACGAGAGAGCCCACCCAGGGGGAUCGGCAUCUCUAAUAUCCUUCCCAUUAUACCGCUUUGCUAUGGACUUAUUUAGCAAGUUGUUGGCACUUAUUGGCGACUAUUAAGGGCUUGGAGGUAGCCCACCCUGGGGGAUAGGCACUUCAGCCAUUCUUAAUUUCAGCCUAUGACUCUAAUGCAUUUUGUGCUCCUUACUAACCCCCCCCCCCAAAAAAAAAAAAAAACUAUAAAAUUCUUUAGGAUGAUUCAUGUUAUCUGUCGGAUGGCGGACGGGUUUAGGGUUAAGAGACAGCCCACCAUGGGGGAUAGGCAUCUCAAUUACCCAUUUCACCCAGUGCUAAUAGGUUUAUUACUAUAUAUCUAUAACAAUGUGAUUUUGUUGAGGAUCUUUGCUUUAUGUCCCUCGCUUGUAUUAUUUUGUAUUCUGUAUAUAUUAUGUGAUGUAUGCCGGUCUAUAUAGAUUCGGGGACGCAUUGGUUCUUUGCUCUGCUGCUUGAAUGUUUGAGAGAGAGAGAGAGAGAGAGAGAGAGAGAUAGAUAGAAUAUAUAUAUAUAUAUAUUUAUGUGUUCAUGUUGGACUAGACUGGGAGUACACCAGUCAUUCUUGGUACCCUCUUCUCUUUAGAUCACUGCAGCUCUACUUAGUGGCUAUACUUGUAUCUUCUUGUUAUUGUGCAUUACGUUUUUUCCCCCAUAGGUUUAGUUGGUGGAUAUUUAAUCACCCUUUAUCUGGCAUCGUCUUUUCAUGUUUUCUCCCUUUUUUGAAGAAUUAUUAUUUUUGUAUUUGUAGUAUAAGUUACAUGUUUUCUUUAUGCAUUAUCUAUUCCUUAGGUAGUACAGUUUGUAUAUUUAUAUCUUGUUAAUAGGUUGCUACAGGCUAAUUGCAGUUUGAUCGCUUUUCGAUUAGUUCUGCCUGCUGUCUAUCUCUAACGUGUUCUCUAUGGAUUUUCUCUGUAUCUUAAUGGUCCCUGAUGGGGUGUAUAGGUCUUUCUUGAACAUUUAUAAUUUAUUCCUGUAUGCAGGCUAUGUUUUUAGUUAUGUGUAUAUGUAUUAUUUUGUUGGUUAUACUGGGUUUGCUUUGGGAACGACCCCGGGAGGCGCACGUCUGACAUCAUCAGGGUCAAUUGUUUGACCCGAGCAGGCUGCUGGUCUGGUGCCCCUGGGAUCACUCCUAUCUUCAACCUGGGUAAGUUAUAGGGAUAUUGGGAGUAUAUAUUCUUAUGGAUUUGAUUUGCAAGCUCAGCCUGAUGAAAGUCUGUGACUGAAACGUUGAUUUUUAUUUUGAGCUAAUAAAAGCUAAGUUAUAUUCAUUCUAUUUGGAAGUCCCUGGAGUGCUUUCUUGUACUUUUGGAUAGAGAUAUAUAUAUAUAUAUAUAUAUAUAUAUAUAUAUAUAUAUAUAUAUAUAUAUAUAUAUAUAUAUAUAUUCUCUCUAACUAUAUCUCUCUCUCUCUCAAUACACAUAGAAUGAAAUUGUAUGUAUGUAUAUAUAAAUAAAAAUACGAAAUAUACAAAAUUACAUAAUUAUAUAAAUAUACACGUAGACUUCAAAUAUGCAUAGAUAUUUAAAUUCUACGUGCAUAUUUAUGUAAUAUUUUUACAUAAUUAAGCACUUUUAUUGAUUGCAAUUGGAGGGACCUGCCUGCCAAGCCAGGCCGAAAGUCCAGAGAAUUUAAUUUACUAGCACUGUAUUUUACCCUGUAACGUUCUAGGACACCAUAAAACCUGUAAAUGGGGGGGUACUGUUUUACUCGGGAGACUUCGCUGAACACAAAUAUUAGUGAUUCAAGACAGUAAAACAUAUAACAGCGAUGAUAUUGUCAGUUAAAGUGACUUUCUUUGCAUUUUUCACACUCAAACAUCAAUUUUACUGAUGCUAUAAUUGUUGUGAUACGUUUUCCUGUUUUGAAACACUAAUAUUUGUGUUCAGCAAAGUCUCCUGGGUAUAACAGUACCCCCAUGUACAGGUUUUAUAGUGUUUUUAAAAGUUACAGGGUCAAAUAUUUUUACAUUGAAAAUGGCCAGGGUUAUGUUGCCUUUGAGAGUGUAUGGUAGCCCAGGAAUGAGAAUUACCGCCAUGAUGGCAUACCAUUUGCAAAAGAAGACAACCCAAGGUAUUGCAAAUGGGGUAUGUCCAGUCUUUUUUAGUAACCAAUUAGUCACAAACACUGGCCAAAAUUGUCGUUCAAUUUAGUUUACUUUUUUCACACACAAACAAAUAUGAACGCUAAAUUUGGCCAGUGUUUGCGACUAAGUGGCUACUAAAAAAGUCUGGACAUACCCCAUAUUGAAUACCCUGGGUUGUCUACUUUAAAAAAAAUAAUGUAUAUGUGGGGUGUUAUUCAGAGAUUUAUGAAUGAUAAUAGUGUUACAAUGUCACUAUUGAUACAUUUUAAAAAUGUAUGUUUUGAAACUGCAAUAUCCUACUUGAACUUAUAUCCCUAUAACAUGCAAAAAAAAAUAGCAAAAAUGCAUGUAAACGCUGGGUAUUUUUAAACUCGGGACAAAAUUUUGAAUCUAUUUAGCAGUUUUUUUUUCAUUUGCUUUUGUAGAUGAGUAAAAGAUUUUUCAAGUAAGUCAAAAAACAUGGUUUUUUUUUUUAAUUUUCAUCAUAUAUAAUUUAUUUAUUUUUUUAAUUAUAUUACAUGAGAUUAUAUAAAUGGUAUGUAAAGAAAGCCCCUUUUCUCCUGAAAAAACAAUAUAUAAUUUGUAUGGGAACAGUAAAUGAGAGAGUGGAAAAUUACAGCUAAACACAAACACCACAAAAGUGUAAAAAGAUGCCUGGUCGCAAAUGUACAACAUCGCAAAAACAGUCCGGUCCUUAAGGGGUUAAACACAGCUUUGGGAAUUACUGGUUCAAUUUAUAGUUACGGUGUCUUCUUUAAAAGGACUCUAGGCACCAUAACCAUUUCACCGUAUUGAAGUUGUUAUAGUACAAUAAUGUUGUGCCUGCAAUCUUGCUCUUCGCUUUUUUUUCUUUUCUCACUAUAACAAAACAGGGCUUUACAGAGACACUUGUUGCUCCUACCUAAAAACCAUGUAAAUCAAAGAACUGGGAAUUGUGCUUCCUGGCAUUCAUUCCAAGGAGUUGGUUUAUCACUGUUGAUAUGGAGGUUCUUGCAAGCCUUUACUCCUAGCAAUCAGCGCUUUCAAAUCCAAAGUGUGCGCCAAUGUCUGUGAUGUUUGGUGCUAUGCGCAGCCUAGCUUGCGUGACUAGCGCUAAUAAUCACUUGGAAACACUUUUUCCUCAGAAGCAGUACCUGUUUGUCCGUUAACAUCUGCACGCUCUACUUGUCAGGAUGUGUAAUUCUGAUUGACAGGGCUUCUAGCAAAAAAUCCUGCUUUAAAGGCUUUUUCUGUCAUGAUGGGAAACAAAAGUUAAGCAAUGGACUGUAGAUGUCUAUGCAGAAGUAGUUAUGGUGCCUAGAAUGUCUUUUCAUUCAGAAUCACUGGCAGUGACGAUAGGCAUUAUCAGUCCUUUGGCAUGGAUCAAAUGUGAUGCCUUUUGCUUUUUUAAUGCUGCUUAUUUCAUGGUAUAACUAUUUGUAUUUUCCUUACUGGCAGAGGUUGCCUCCGUUUGAAACCUUCUCUCAGGGACCAACUCUACAGUUUAACUUACGUUGGACAAGUGACACAAAUGAAAAGUCUACUGCGCCAAUUGCCAAGCCUCUGGCCACCCGUAACUCUGAAAGUCUCCCCCAAGACCAUAAACCGGCAUCUGUCAAACCUACCCAAACCAUAGGUAAGCAUAAAGAUGUAGCACUAAACGAAUGGAUACAGCUUUGGUUAACCCUUAAAACAAUGCUUUGGAAACAUUGUGCUUUUUAGAUCUAUCUCGUGUUACCUACUUUACACCGCAUUCUCUCCCACACUGUCAUUCAGUGUAGCAGAGUGGGAUUAGAGCAAAAGAUCUAUAUGUUCCCAUGCCUGUCGUUUGAGCUCUGAGUGGUGUGCAGUGAGUGGAGGAGGAUGCAAUAUGAUUCUCUCGCCCCUCAGAAUACACUCUGUUCAGAGCUCUACGGACUGACCAAGCAGAGGAGCAUGCAGAUCCCUUUUUGCCUUUCCACUCGGUAACACAACCUUACAGUAAGUGGUGAGGAGGAGCUAAACAGACCUGAAGGGAAUGUAGGGAGAACUGGAGAGAUGUAGAGGUGUAAGCAGCUGCAAAACCAUAUUAAAUUCUGAAUUUCAGUAAUUUCUGAACAGCAGCGUACAUACACUGACAUUCUCUUUUCUGUUAAAUCAUAACAAAACUAAACAUCAUGCCUGUCUGUACCCCUCCCUCCCAGCCCACAAUGCCCAAUUAAGAAAACCUCAAUAUUACUGGUUAAAACAAUGUAAACGUUUUAUAUCUCGGUCCACAUUCGGGUUUGAUUCAGGUAAGAUUCUACACAACCCCAUAAAAUUACACAGAAGCUAAAACCGUAAUAACUAUUAAUAUUGUUGAGUAGGCAGCCUAGUUCAAUGUUGAAAUAAAAUAGGGUUAUCACCCCACAAAACCCAAAAAGUAACGCAAAGCCUAGAACUGACCAAUACCAAAGAAAUUAAAGGACCACUUUAGGCACUUCAGCUCCAUUCAGAGAAAUUGCUAUGUUUACAUUGCAGGGUUAAUCCAGCCUCUAGUGGCUGUGUCGCUGACUGCCACUAAAGGCCGCUUCCGCGAUUCUCAGUGUGAAAAUCGCGUUGGACGUCCAUAGGAAAGCAAUGAGUAAUGCUUUAUCUAUGGACAGUUUGAGUGCGUGCACGGCUCUGGCGCAUUAGUCUCCACUCGGGAGCUGACGUCGGCAGGGGGAGGAGAGGUCACCAGCACUGAGGGAGCCCGGCACUGGAUUAAGGUUAGUGGCUAAAGUGGUUUUAACCACUACAGCCCAGCCGGGGGGGAUGGGGGGGGUUUAACUGUUUUGUUUUCCUGGCACUACAGGAACCCUUUAAGUUAUAAGUCUAGGUUGUGUGUUAAGGAAAGAGCCUUCAGCGCGGUCCUUCUGAUAACUAUUCGUAGAUAUGAAAAUUACAAAAUGGAAACCGAGCCACUCAUAGAAAGAUCUGUUAAUAACACAAUGGCUGCACCAAAUAAUAUACCUAUUAUUGUCAAUCUUGGACUUGGCCAUGAUCAUAUACCCUUUCAUGAUUUCAAUUUCAAAGCUUGUUCGUGACACACACACUGUGCACCAAAACCAGUUUGGCCACAUUACAUAAAUUAAGGUGUAGGGAUCGACUGGUUAUCAGUCUGGCCGAUAUUCAGUAUUUUCGGCAAUAUCGGUAUCAGCCUAUAGAUAUACCAAAAUUGCCGAUAAUCCAUAACAUCCAUGCCCACCCCAUUUUACACAGAUUACAUUCCUGCAGAAAGACAUACACACUCUGCAUUCACUAUGCACACACUCUCUGCAUUCAAUAUAUAUAUAUAUAUAUAUAUAUUAUACACACACACUGCAUUCAUAUUAUAUAUAUAUAUAUAUAUAUAUAUAUAUAUAUAUAUAUAUAUAUAUAUAUAUAUAUAUAUAUAUAUAUAUA